UCAAACACACAGUUUUCGUAAAUUUUGAAAAGCACGUACUGACAAAUAAUUAGAAUUCAUUGACACGUGGUAUCGAUUUUUGGUUAUAAAUUAAUAAUGUGUUCCGGAAAUAGAAAGCCUCAAAUCGAUGUGAGCAUGUAAAAAAAUAACAUCAUAUUUCAUACGUUAUCAAUACGCUCAACCAACAUGAAUCGAAUACCAAUAGAAGAUAACUUCACUUCAGAAUUUAACGUUACCGUAAACGUGAGUGAGUUUACAUACGAAAAUGAUUCCAUUCAUAAUUACUCAACUAAAUUCGCUAUGGAUGUAAACAAUUCAAUGACGUUGUUUUUAACGGUGAUAAAAGGAACCAUUAUGGUGCUCAUAAUAGUGGCCGCGUUAUUCGGUAAUUUACUGGUAAUUGUUUCAGUUAUGAGGCAUAGAAAAUUACGCGUUAUUACCAAUUAUUUUGUAGUCAGCUUAGCCCUUGCAGAUAUGCUGGUUGCAAUAUGGGCGAUGUGUUUCAAUUUUAGUGUUGAGGUAACCGGUGGAGUGUGGUUAUUCGGUUAUUUUAUGUGCGAUUUUUGGAACUCUUUAGACGUUUAUUUUUCAACCGCGUCUAUUUUGCAUUUAUGUUGCAUUAGUGUUGAUAGAUACUAUGCUAUAGUGCAACCGUUAGAUUAUCCUUUGAUAAUGACGAAUACCCGGUUAGGAAUAAUGUUGGGCGUUGUAUGGUGUAGUCCAGCAUUGGUAUCAUUUCUUCCGAUUUUUAUGGAAUGGUACACAACGGAUGAAAAUUUAGAAUUUAGGAAGAGGAAUCCAGAAUUGUGCUCGUUUACUGUUAAUAAAACGUAUUCCGUUGUAUCAUCCAGUGUUAGUUUCUGGGUACCAGGAUUGGUUAUGGUUAUUAUGUACUAUAGGAUAUACAUGGAAGCUGAUAGGCAAGAGAGAUUGCUGUACAGAGGUAAAGUUGCUGCUGCUCUAUUGAACAAACACCUUCAAAUAAACGGAAUUUCAUCAGGACUCAACACACUUCCCUCAUCACAACAAUCCGACGCCGAGGUGAUGGAGGAAAGAGUCGCAGAUCACAGUAAUAGUAGCAAAAUGAAAAGAGAAAGAAAAGCUGCAAGAACUUUGGGAAUAAUCGUUUCAGCAUUUCUUGCUUGUUGGUUACCGUUCUUCUUGUGGUACGUGAUAACAUCUUUAUGCGGCACCGAACACUGCUACAGCCCACCGGGAGUUAUUACUCUCGUAUUUUGGAUAGGAUACUUUAACUCAGCUCUAAACCCGCUCAUAUACGCAUACUUCAAUAGCGAAUUCAGAGCGGCUUUCAAGAAAACACUGCAAAGUUGUUGUAGGCUCUCGUCGCGUCUUACAUGUUUGAAAUGUGGUUCUAGAAGCGCACCAAUGAACCUUGGCAAUCCUUUCACUGAUAUCCACCUGAGUAGUCACAAAAGCUACCCGCAUGGACCUAAAGUCACUUUAAAUAGCACCAUCGGAAGUUCCUGUACCAGCCAAAAGUUUAGCUAUAACGCGAGCGAGUUUGAACUCGAUAAUCUACAAAGUGAAGAUGUAAUGUGAAUACAAUAGUACUAAACGAGGAAGUAAAACGAAUAUAUGAGGUUGAAAUAUUUAUGUUAAAUUCUAUUUUAUAUUGAAAGGUUUUCGAGCAAAUAUAUAAAAUAUCGGGUUAUUCUGGGAGAGCGUUUGAAUGCAAGCGAGACACAAAAAACAUCAAUAUUUUGCAAUGCUAACGAAACGAACGAUUUAAAAAAAAAGAAUUU